CAAAGAAAUCAGAGUCUAUUUAAAGGGAAGUCGCCCCAGAUCCCGGAGUCGUGUCGACUCCGCCCGGCACUGCACACCGCACACGGCUGCGCCAAGAAUCCUGCCUGCUCGUGCACCAUCACGGCUGUCGACGGCGGAGAGGAUGCGGACUUCUCUGGUCGUGUGCUGCUGCGUGUUUGCGCUGCAAUGUUUCCCCAGCACGCUUUGUCUUCCAGCGCGCGCACCCAGCAGGUACAAAGCGGCACCGGCCUCUGAGAUGUUCCCGGACCUGAAAAAGAGAGGAAAGGUUCCUCACUCUCAGGAUUUGGUAAAGGAGGCGAGUUCGUCGACAAACACCUCCAACACAUGGAGCCGACUUCGCUGUGGCGUGCCGGACUACCCCACCCAGAAGGAGGUGCACUAUGGGGGCCGACAGCGCCAGAGACGCUAUGUGCUGUCUGGAGGACGGAUGGACAAGAUGGACCUCACCUACAGAAUCUUCAGGUUUCCAAAGCAGAUGGACCCGACGAGGGUGCGAAGGGUCUUUCGGGAGGCCCUGAAAAUCUGGAGCGACGUCACACCGCUCACCUUCACCGAGGUGUACACUGGGAAGGCCGACAUCAACAUCGACUUCUUGAGAUCCUGGCAUGGAGACAACCUUCCCUUUGAUGGCCAGGGUGGGAUUCUCGCUCACGCCUUCUUCCCCCGAACACACCGACAGGGCGACAUUCACUUUGACAACGAGGAGUACUGGACGCUUGGAAACCACAUGGGCACAGACCUCCUCCAGGUUGCCGCCCAUGAGUUCGGGCAUGUCCUGGGCCUGCAGCACUCACCGAUCCAGGGAGCCAUCAUGUCUGCCUACUACUCCUUCUCCUACCCUCUCAGGCUGAGUGAGGAUGACAAGCGAGGCAUCCAGUACCUGUACGGACGUCCCCCGGAGGUCGUGCCAUCAACGCCACCCCCACCCCCACCCCCACCAACACCACCAGUUUACAUGGAAACCAACGAAAUCAGUCCCGACGCCUGCCAGACGGACUUUGAUGCGGUGUCUUUGAUCCGAGGGGAGCUGUUCUUCUUUAAGUCGGGCUACGUUUGGAGGAUCAGGGACGGGCAGCUGGAGAGCGGUUACCCAGCGCUGGUGUCCCGACACUGGAAAGGGAUUCCCUACAACAUCGACGCCACCUUUGAAGACAAGUCAGGAAAUAUUUGGUUCUUUCAAGGCGAGAACUACUGGGUGUUCGAUGCCGAGAUGAAGAUCAGGGGGCCGGAGCCCAUCAGGGGAUUGGGGAUGUCCGUUACCGGGAUCCAGGCGGCGCUGCGCUGGGGCCACGACUCCAACUACAACACCUACUUCUUUAAGUCUGGCAGCUACUGGAGGUUCAGCCCCCGGGACAACCGAGUCGAGUCCUACUACCCACGCAGGAUGCAGGACUGGAGCGGCAUCCCCGAUGAUGUGGACGCUGCCUUCAGGGACAUCUACGGCUACGCUCACUUUGUGCGAGGACGGCAGUACUGGAAGUUCGAUCCUGUGCACAUGAACUCGUUGGAAGGUUACCCUCGCUCCAUCGGCGUGGAUUUUUUCGGCUGUAGAAACAUGUGAGUCAGAUGAGAAUCACACUGGCUGAUGUUUCUUUCUUUUUUUAAUUAAGAAGAUUUUGUGGAACAAAGACAUUUGUGUUGCGGAUUCAAGAGGAUGAGAUGAUCUCCUUUAAAUCUUUUUAUACUUCACUUCAUUUAUUGAUACUCAGAUCAAUCUCGGCCUUCUCAGGAAAACCACGUAACGUUCCCUCAGACUCGGCACCUCCUGUGCAGCUACACUCAAAUUUAUUUUGCACAUUUUUUGUCACCAUGAGGCUGAGAUCUGGGCCCUGUAUUACUUGUGUGUGAAAUUGAUGUGAACUGCACCGCUCCAACCUUCUUUCUCUGAGCUGGACAGCGAGAUUUUGGUUCACGGACAGAGUUGCUGUAAACUGUCUGAUUUCCUGUGGCCAGUGUUUGCUGUUUCAGCGGGUUCGGGUUUUUAUCAGUGACGUUUGCGUUGAGCCUCCAGUGUUUGAAGAGUGACAUCAAACUUGCAGCAGCAGGCGGUGGGUUAGUAAAAUAACUGUUGUUGGUGGCAAAGAGUUUAGUUUCUACCCCAGAAAUCACACAAUGGUUUACUGUUUGAUCAGACUGCAGUUCAUUUCCUGCCUGUUUGACCUGCAGCAGAGGGCGAAAAAAAGAUUUUUCACUUGAUAAUCGAGCACCAAAACAUAGCCUCAAUUCCAAAACAGCUAAAUGUCUGGGUAAGAUGUAAAUAAAAACAAUACAAUGAUUUACAGAUCUCAUAAACCAAUAUUUAACUCCCAGUAGAGCACAAACAGCAUCAGAUGAUGAAACUGAGACAUUUCACUAUUUGAUGGAAAAUAUGAGCUGAUAUGAAUCUGAUGCAGCAACAUGUCUGUAAAGGUUGGAACAAAAGGCUGGAAAAGUACCUGGUAAGAACCAGGAACACCUGGUGGAGCAGUGGACAACUAAUCAGGUUAACUGGCAGCAGGUCAGUAACAUGACUGGGUAUAAAAGGAGCAUUUCAGAGAGGCAGAGUCUCUCAGAGGGAAAGCUGGACAGAGCUUCACCAAUCUGAGACAAACUGGAUCUAAAACUGUGGAACAAGGGAGGCCUUGCAGAUAUCAGCAAGAUAAUACUAAACCAUCUAAUGGAUCACAGCAGCAUGGCUUUACAGGAGAAGAGUCCGGCUGCUGAACUGGCCUGCCUGCAGUCCAGACUCAUCAUUAACAGAAAGCAUCUGGAGCAUCAUGGAAGUAAAAAUCCAGGAACAAAGGUCCAGGAUUGCAGCUGAGCUGUGUUCACAGACAGUGGUUUCUGGAAGUCUUCCUGAACCCAUGCAGUGGUUUCCAGUAGAGAAUCAUGUCUGGUCUGAAUGCUGGCUUGCCUGAGGGCCUCUAAAUCAUCACUAUCAGUUUGACAUUCAGCCUUGUCCCUCGCGCACAGAGAUUCUUCCUGAUUCUCUGAAUAUUUUGAUAUUAUACACUGUAGACAUCUUUAAAGUUUGCAUAAUUUAACAUUGAAAAACAUUUUUCUGUACUUUUUUUUUUUACAAUUCUUAGAGC